CGAUCUCACUUUGUUUAUUUAGCACAUGUUCUUUGUAUGACACGUACGGAGAGCGAACAAAAAUCAAAGCAAUUGAAGCAGAGACAGAGCAAAUCGUCAAACAUGGCAAUCGAAAGCAAGCCGUCGAGUAUCGACCCCAGAAGCGGUUUCUGCAACUCCAACUCCAUCUUCUACAGCAAACGCAAGCUCACUCCUCAUCCACCCAACCCUUACCUUGACGUGACCACUUUCAUCUCUUCCCAUGCCCACCACGGCGAAAUAGCCUUUCUCGAUGCCUCCACCGGCCGCCAUCUCACCUUCUCAGAUGUCUGGCUCGCCGUCGAUUCUGUCGCCUCCUCUCUCUCCGAUAUGGGCGUCAGGAAAGGUGACGUCAUCCUCCUCCUCUCUCCUAACUCCAUCUUCUUCCCCGUGGUGAGCCUUGCCGUCAUGUCCCUCGGCGCUGUAAUAUCCACCACCAAUCCUAUCAACACCGCUCAAGAAAUCGCCAAGCAGAUUGCCGAUUCGAAACCGAUCAUCGCCUUCACGACUCACCAACUCGUCCCCAAACUCGCCGAAUCGAGUCUGCGAAUUGUAAUCCUCGAUGAGCAUCAGUCCAUCCCCGCCGUUCGAAACGCUAGAAUCGUGGCCACGUUGGAGGAAAUGCUAAAGAAGCAACCAAGAGGGGACGUCCGAGUUAGGGACCGUGUCAACCAGGACGACAUGGCGACUCUGCUCUACUCGUCCGGUACCACCGGCGCGAGUAAAGGCGUGGUGACUUCGCACAGAAGCCUCAUUGCGAUGGUUCAGAUUAGGUUAGUUCGGUCCAAAGGAAACGAAGGACUAGAGCAUAGGUUCCUCUGCACCGUCCCCAUGUUUCACGUCUACGGUCUAGCAGCGUUCGUGUUGGCCCUACUCGCGUCGGGAACAACGGUGGUGAUCCUCCCGAAAUACGACAUGCACGAUAUGCUCUCAGCGAUCGAGAAGUACCGGAUCACCUCCAUCCCAGUCGUGCCGCCGAUACUGGCGUCUAUGGUGAACGGCGCGGAUCGGAUACUGUCCAAGUAUGAUUUGAGCUCGCUGCAGCUGGUUUCAAAUGGUGGGGCCCCGACGAGCAAGAAGGUGAUAGAGAAGUUCAUGGAGAGGUAUCCGGCGGUGACGAUUCUUCAGGCGUAUGGGUUGACAGAAUCGACGGCGGUUGGGGCUUACACGAACUCGUUGGAGGAGAGUAAGCGGUACGGUACGGUGGGGUUGUUAUCUCCGGGCAUGGAAGCCAAGAUUGUAAACCCGGAGACCCAGGAUGCUCUGCCGGUGAAUCGGACCGGUGAGCUUUGGAUGAGAGGUCUCCCCGUCAUGAAAGGUUAUUUCCGCAAUGCUGAAGCCACGGCAUCAACUCUGGAUUCAGACGGAUGGUUGAAAACUGGAGAUCUCUGCUACAUUGAUGAUGAUGGCUUCAUUUUCGUGGUUGAUAGGUUGAAAGAACUGAUUAAAUACAAGGGGUACCAGGUUCCCCCAGCAGAACUUGAGGCAUUGUUAGUUACUCAUCCAGAAAUUUCUGACGCUGCUGUUGUACCAAUUCCUGAUGAGGAGGUUGGACAGUAUCCCAUGGCUUAUGUGGUCAAAAAAACAGGAAGUAAUUUGUCUGACGUUGCUGUCAUGGACUUCGUAACAGCACAGGUGGCUCCAUAUAAGAGAAUCAGGAGAGUGGCAUUUGUAGCAUCUAUACCCAAGAAUGCGUCCGGCAAGAUUCUUAGGAAGAAUCUAAUGCAACUUACUACCACCUCCAAACUUUGAUUUAUUUUAUUAUUUAUCUUUGCUAAAUAUAUAAUAAUUUAAUUACCCAUCUAAUUAAUCUUGAUUUGCAUGCAUGUAGGCAUGCAGCUUGUGGGUCA